AUGGCUGAGAAUUUGGGAGGUUCAGUAGAAAGGUCAAGCUUGAAGAGACUUAACCUCAACGUCGAUCCUCCCGAAGCCGACGACGACGAUUCUCCACUUCUCCCUCCUCCACCUACUGAAAUCACCAGGUUGAUAAACGAUGAAAACAGUCAAGAUAAGAGUUUGUUGUUCAAAGACACUGAUAGUAAUGAAGGAGAAGUUAAGAAGUUGAACAAACCGGGGAAAUACCGUUCCAAACCUAGUAAGACGGAUUGUUCUAUUGAUUGUGGAGUUGAUGCGGAUGGUGAUCAACAUGUUCAAGGUCCUCCUUCUUCACGGGAAGAAAAAGUUAGCAGCAUGAAGACUGGAUUGGUUCAUGUUGCGAGGAAGAUGCCCAAAAAUGCUCAUGCUCAUUUUAUACUAGGCUUGAUGUACCAAAGAUUAAACCAACCUCAAAAGGCUGUAUUGGCGUAUGAGAAGGCCGAAGAGAUAUUACUCAGGCCUGAGAUUGAGAUUGAUAGGGCGGAGUUCCUUUCUUUAGUUCAGAUUCACCAUGCACAGUGCCUGAUAAUAGAAAGUUCAUCAGAAAAUAGUUCUGACAAAGAACUUGAACCUCAUGAACUUGAGGAAAUUCUUUCUAAACUGAAAGAAUCAAUGCAAUCAGAUAUCAGGCAGGCGGCUGUAUGGAAUACAUUGGGUUUUAUCCUUCUUAAAACUGGGCGUGUGCAGAGUGCUAUCUCAGUUUUGUCAUCCUUGUUGGCCAUUACACCAGAGAACUAUGACUGCCUCGGUAACCUUGGAAUAGCUUAUCUUCAAAUAGGAAAUUUGGAAUUAUCUGCCAAGUGUUUCCAAGAGUUGAUCCUAAAAGAUCAAAACCACCCUGCAGCUCUGGUCAAUUAUGCUACCCUUCUUUUGUGUAAAUAUGCUUCAGUUGUAGCAGGUGCUGGUGCAAAUGCUUCUGAAGGUGCUUCGGAAGAACAAUCCACGGCUGCUAAUGUCGCUAAGGAAUGUUUGUUAGCUGCAAUUAAAGCAGAUGCUAAAUCAGCCCAUAUUUGGGCGAAUCUUGCCUAUGCAUUUUCUAUUAGUGGGGAUUAUCGAAGUUCCAGCAAGUGCUUGGAGAAGGCAGCAAAACUGGAACCCAAUUGCAUGUCUACUCGAUAUGCUGUUGCUAGCCAUCGAAUGAAGGAGGCAGAAAGAUCUCAAGAUCCAACUGAACUGCUUUCAUGUGCUGGAAAUGAGAUGGCUUCCAUAAUAAGAGACGGCGAUUCAUCCCUGGUUGAGCUUCCAAUAGCAUGGGCCGGGCUUGCAAUGGUUCACAAGGCUCAGCACGAGAUAUCAGCAGCAUACGAAAGUGAACAGGAUGGGCUGAAGGAAAUGGAAGAGCGUGCUGUUUCCAGUCUAAAGCAGGCCAUAACAGAAGAUCCAGAUGACGUUGUGCAGUGGCACCAACUUGGCCUUCACAAUCUUUGUGCUAGGCAAUUCAAAACAUCACAAAAAUUCCUCAAAGCUGCUGUUGCCCGUGACAAAGGUUGCAGCUAUGCAUGGUCUAACCUUGGUGUCUCACUUCAACUAUCCGAAGAACAAUCACAAGCUGAAGAAGUAUUCAAGCGGGCUUUGUCUUUGGCGACAACACAAGAAGCACAUGUGAUACUAUCCAAUUUGGGAAUUCUCUAUCGCCAUCAGAAAAAAUAUCAACUUGCAAAGGCUAUGUUUACAAAGUCGCUUGAACUAAAGCCCGGGUAUGCCCCUGCAUUCAACAAUCUGGGUCUUGUUUUUGUUGCCGAGGGUAUGUUAGAAGAGGCCAAGUAUUGUUUUGAGAAAGCACUCCAAUCAGAUCCAAUGCUUGAUGCAGCCAAGUCUAACUCUAUUAAAGUUGACACAAUGUCGAAGCUAUGCAAAAGCCUUUCCUCAUGUAUUCUUAAAGAAUGA